AUGCUACAACACACGGCUGAAACCAAGGAUGGUAGAAUUGUUCUCAAGACAUAUCUGGGCAGAAUGAUGACAAAAGGAGAAAAGUGGAUUGGAAAGUUUGUCAACAAUAUGUUACAAAAAGAUGAACGCGAAUGGUGUCCUAUCAUUAGCAGUCUGUUGGAAAGUGUUGAAAUAUUAAAAGUCCAGAACAGGUUUUGCCCUUCCAGAACCCGUUCGACCAACCUUGCUGUGCAAGCUGUUAUCGCUGCCUUGAUUCCUGUACAUCGUCAACAACGACAACUUUCAAACGACAAUGAUACGGACGAUGACUAUGCUGAUGACUUGAACAACGUUGAAGGAUCAGAUGUUGCUGUAGUAAUUACCAAGUCAUGGUACGCCGAUCAGCCUUGUUCUAAGGACGUUUACGUGAAGCAUGCGCUAACCAUCAAGUCUCUUAUAUUAAGCCAAUCAUCGACGUCAGAACUCGUUGGAAUAGUACUCGACACAGCUCAUUUAUUGCCUGAAGAAUGGACAAUUAUUGAAGAAUUAUGUACCUUGUUUCGAUCAUUUCAAGAGAUCACCACCGUACUCUGUGCCUCCUCGUAUCCGACUUUAAAUACAGUUAUACCAUUCUACAAUCAUUUGUUGGACGUUCUGGAAGAAUUUCAAACCAAUGAUAGGGACAUCAACAUUGCGAUUGGAUCCUGUGUUGCCAAACUAAAAGAACAUUAUCAUCUAUCGUGCGUGAUUACUUUGCAGUACAAGACUUAUCUUUUCCUUCAAAACAACAAGUGCCCCAUCUGA